AUGCUCGUUACUAGUGGCGCCGAUUUAGAGGUCCGCACUCAAGCACUUUUUAUCCAGUACGCCCAGAAAGGCUACCUGUCAACAGAACUCAUAGGAAAACGAAAAAAUUUUCCACCUGAAAAUAUCUCUCCAAAGUUUGACCACAAACCCUUUAAUGAAACGUCGCUUGCUGCACAAGUAGCGCAGUUGUCGACUUCAAAGUCCCAAGUUUUUGUCGAUUUACAUACCAGUUCACUUGUCAAACAGCUUCAGUUUCAAAACAUUGGAUAUGAUCUCGAGAUUUCACGUCAAAAGCGGGAACUUACGUCGCAGCUGCAAGCACUUCCUCCACCAUUUCCUGGCCGACUUUGCAGCAAGUUAAGCCAACUUAUGAAGCGGAUAACUAGUUCCAAUUUAUCCUCAGUUUUUCGUAUAUCCGCUGCUAAACAGGCACUUGAAAUUUUCGAUUCGAUAAAUUCCCCUGUACUUUCAAAGCCCUCCAAAGUUACCAAGCGUGGUGUGGCUGUCACCGGAAGCCGGUCUGUCGAGACCUACCUACGUGUUUUGGAGCUCACUGUUUGUGAGAAGCAUUGUCCAGAUGAACUGGCCUUUCUGAUUGUUGAAGUUUGUAUACGCCUUGUCAUUUUAUUUGGACUAUACUCGCCAGAAAGUGGUGAUAAGGAAUCAGCCGCGUCAGCACCAGUUAAUAACGGCCCGGCACAGGCCAAUUGCAGCUCUGUUGUAUUGAAAAUCUCCUAUGUUGCCCGAAUGCUCCGUAAUUUGUCUUGUAGCUCUUCAACACAAUACAGAGCUGGGAUGCUUUCGUUUAUCAGCCAUAUUCUAGCCAAUUGUCAGCCCCCGGUAGCAAAUUCGGAAGACGUAAACAAUGACGCUCACGUUCUUCAAGUUGCGGCUACUUUGAUAUCUGACCUCGUUAUACUCACAGAUUCUCUUGAUCAGGCUGGAAAUGUUUCACGUUUGGCUAGGUUUAUAUCGCUAGUUGGUGAUUAUAAUCAAUCUGAAUUCAGCCAACGGUUUACGGAUUUGGCGGACAUCCUCAUUGGUUGGUGUGUGGAUUCUUCAAGCAUCCAUCGAGGUGUCGCUAUUAGUUCGCUUUUGCAUGAACUUUCGUUCAACCUAAGUCGCUGGUGGUUUGAUUCAUCAAGUUCGGAAGAUUGUUAUUUACUCUCUGAGUCUACUUGCAAGAUGCUUGGCCAUUUGCUUGAAGAUGCUGAUACAUGUCUGCAAAAGGCAAUUUCAGAAUACCGCCAGACCUCCGUGAACAUUGCUCCUAGGCGUAAUGCGCCUGCUGUCAGACCCUUAGCAUUUACAGAGAUAGCGCAAAAUCUGAUCGCCUCUAACCUGUACUUUGCAGUGUUGGCUGGUAUUUGUUCGAGUGUAGAAAAAUCCAGAACCGCUUUUCCCGAUCGUGGUUGUAUCAAGUUCUCAACUCUUUCAAUUCCUGAUUGGCUAGCUCGCGUAACAAAUAUCCUACAUGGGCUUGAGCUAAUAUCUUCGGUCGCUACUUGCAGUUCCAAGUUCGCGUCAACUCCACGAACUUAUGUGCCUCCGUCGUACUCCCUUCCACUUUUGACGUAUGCGGACAUACUGUUCCAUGUCCACGUUGUUCUUCUCUUUACCGUAUCCACAAUGCAUUUCGAAGGUGAUUAUUUGCGACAAAAGAUUGGAUCCUGUUUAAGUCAACCUCAUGACGAUUCCGUCUUCCAACCCAAGACUGCCCACAUUCAGGUCUUAUGUGAACUGGCUUAUAAACUUCUUGAACAGACGCCGUCGAAUUCACCAGGUUUAGUUAUAUCCACGUUCAAAAUGAUUUUUGGGAGUGAAUCUUUAUUACAUCGACUCAAGACCAGCAGCAGUGGGUCUGCGGAGGUUUUCAAUUUAUUGUGCAACUUAUCUAAACGCCAUUUGUCUGGAUGUGAUAUGCUUGCAAUUAUAACGGAGAUGUGCAUAGCUGACUUUCAGUUUGCAUGUACCAAACUCUCUGGUGACAGCCAGUUAGGAGAUACCGAAAAUGAACUUCUUGUUCUAUUUAGUGCUUCGCUGUUCGUGACUAUUUUAAAACCUAUUUCUGACGAACCCAACAGGGCGCCGUUUGCAAAUGCGGCCAAUAGCAGAAUCAUUCUCAAUCUUGCUGAUUUACAUCGUCGAUUCGCUCUGUGCAGAAGGAUUUCUCAGCGUGUUCGCCUUGCUUUAUGGGCGAUUUUGUUAUCAACGCUUGAGUACGGUGUGGAGGAAACUCCCGAAUGCGCUAUGGACUUGUCAUUCAUUAUCCAGCAAAUGUUUGUGACUGCGUCCGUGAAUUUACAAGAGCUGAUCUUGAGCAAGCGCCUGCUUCAAUCGUUAACCCGCCCAGUAGCGGUCCAACUGUUUCAGCCUUUCUGUAGUUACCUCCUCAGCCUCAUAAAGGAUCCAUACUCCCCUGUUAGAGCUGGAGAUGGCAGCGUGUUCUGUGAUGCUAUCGGCCUUCUUAUUCAAUUGUCGGCCAACAAAACUGCGUCACCUGACGUCUUGGAACUUGCGGCCUUGUGUGCUAAUCACCCGCUUCCUCGCAUACAGUCAGCCGGGGCUGAUCUACUUAUAGUUUCCGGCAUUUCAUCAUUUCCUUUAUUUGAGUCCUCUAGAACAGUUCAUCUCAUAUUGCAAUGGUUCAACAGCACGAUUCCCGAUUUAUCUACUUCAUUGCUCACCUCUUCCUCGAUUAGCGCAAUUGGACCAGGUGGUUCUCGAAGUCAAAAUAGCAACCACUUACGCACUCAGGGUGCUUUUCCUAGUUUACCUGCAGCCGCAGGUUUGUUGGGUUUACUCACUCGUGGUGCACCCUACAUAUCUGAUGAACGAACUAGCCGUUUGGAGAUUUUGGGUAAUGCUUGUGACUGGCUACGUCGUCUCACUUGUUUGAUUUCGCCUCUUCCGACAGAUGGUAGGACCAACUGGUACGCGUCAGACACCUCCCCAUUGACAAUUGUUGUAUGGUUUACCACUUGGUCAAUAGUUGACUACAAACUCAAAGUAGCUCCCUGGGCGAACCCUGUAAAGACAUUCCUUUCAAUUGAGGCUGUCGUUCAUGCCUUACUAUCGCAUUUGUCAAAAGCCCCAAAGUACCAGCCCUCGACCCAGGAAUUGCAGGGCUUUCUGACUUCAUCAACAAACGCGGUAUCUAGUCAAACCUUGGUUCGUCAAAUUCGUCAAUCAACCCUUGCAAUACAAGUUCUGCGUCAGUUAGAGAAGACAAUUACGAAUGCGGUUGACGGAUUUACGGUUGCAUUACCAACUACACCACCAGCUGCACAUGCCUUUUUCAAAGCGAACGCGAUGACAUGCUACCAAUGGUUCAACCGCGUACGAACACCGCUUGUCAGUUUGGCCUCGUGGAUCGCCCCCAUCGAGGUUGGUGGAACUGAGGCAUCUGCGACAACUAUUUGGAGUGUCUACAGUCUACUUCAUCAAGUGACCAAUUCGAAUCCAUCCCAAUGGUUCAAUCUUCUCACAAGGUUUGGUAACCCCGAGACUAUCUUGUUGUGUGCUAUCCAAGCAUUACAACAAGUUGGCGCAGCUGAUGAACUUGACCUCGCGCAUGACUACCUCAAGCGCUUUGUUCCGAGCCCAGCAAAGUCAACGAUUCAUCCAUUUUUCUGGGUCCACGGCCUCGCCUGUCUAACAAGAGGACAUUUGGAUGAGGGCUUGUCAUGUCUUUUUACUUUCUUGGAAUCCUGUCCAUAUCCAUCAACUGAUUCCGUCGGUGCAGCGUCUCGUGAAUUCGUCCGUUGUUUGCUCUUGGCCACACUCCUUCGUCUAGGUAAUUUCGAGGAUGCUGGCCGAUUAUGUCGCCUUCAGCUCUGUGAUAGCGUAAAUAACCAAAACGCAUCGGCAAUGUGUAAUAAUCAGGGCGAUACACCUCCGACGAAACGCAAGGCGGUAUUACAAAAAGCCAAGCAGGAGACUUCUGACGAUCUCCCUCUCCGUUAUCCCAGUGUUGCUUCUGAGCAGCUUCGAGCUCUGCAAAAAUUGGCCUCCUGGGACAGCGAUGCAAUAUCUUCAAUAUCACCUUCUCCAAGCUCGGCAGCUUCAAUAAUUACGGAACAGGAAGAUAAACUUUUAUCCACUGGCUUAAACUCAGUGUCAGAAGUCAUACAUAGUAUUCGUCAUGCUUCUAAUGCUGUCAUUCCGCUGGCUGACUACACUACCUACCAUGACUACUAUAGACACCAUCAUAUAACUCCGGAAUCCUCCCUUCCAUCGCUGCUCUUUGAGACUGACCUUCUUCUGCACGAACCCACUCACUUUCCUUCAGUCAACGACGUCGGUUUUGGCUCGUGGAGCCUGCUGACAAGAAAAGGUGGUAAUCUUCCGGUCUUUCUUCAUGUUUGUGAACCUCUUAUUCUCACCCAGUGCUGCGACCGCAUUCCAUCUGGUUUCUCUAAGGAUAUCGCUAUGAAGUUGCUUCGGCAACAGUUCGGCGCACUUGGUUUGUCGCUGAAUAGGGAAAAUUACAGGCAGCUUGUUGACACUAUUAAUGUGAUGGAGGAGUUUUCAGGAGUUGACCGACUGCGCUUAGUUCGUUACCUUGGCAACCUCCUCUGGACAUCGGAUACUAGUAGUGAUCGUCGAGUAGCUGCGAUGAAUUGCCUCGCCCAAGGUCUCCAAAGAAGUGUGUUGGAAACAAACGCUUCAGAUCGUUCGCUGCAUGCGAAGCAGUGCCUCUUGAAUGCUUCAGUUGCGUUGCAAUUGUUUAAGUUUCUGGAGUCCCCCGUCCAGUCUUCGAUCGAGGAGGGAAAAGUUAAGACUCUGUGUGAAGAAGUCUUUUCUAAUUGUGCUUCUGAUGCUGGUAUCGGUGAGGUAGGUGAUUUAUUUAUUAUGUAUGGAUAUAACAUUGCUACUUGUCUGAUCCAUUGCAUUACAUCACCACGGAAUGCACAUUGUCUGGUGCAGCACUUGCUCCAGUUCACUCGGCUUACGGCUGCUCCCUGGGUGGACGGCGUUCCACUCGUCCCUCCGGGUGACAAAACUGGGGCGGACGUUGCCACCUUUAUCAAAAGCUCAUCACCAUCAGAACUCUCGAUGCGUCUCCUAAUGUUUGCCACUCGUCUGUCGCCAACCAACGCCUCUGCUGCAGCCUGGCUCGAAAUGGCUAACUGGUGCUAUUGGCGAGGGCAAAAGGAGAUCAAGUCCACUCUUACCGAAGCAAAGAGAAUCCUUGCAUUGUCACAGCCCGACUCCAUUUCCACAACUCUUCUUGACUCGCUUACCUCAGAGGAGCGUGAUUCACUCUCUCAACUUCUGACCACUGAGUUGCCUGUCACCAAUGCCGCGAGCGGUGCCCAAAUCGUUGCUAAGGUGUACACUUUCCUUAGUAAUGAUGGCGAGGAUGGAGAUAGCAAUUUUCAGAUGCAUCAGUAUUGCGUUGAUGACCUGUCUGACACUGGAAUCCCGCUGAACAAUGUGUUAAGGCAACGAUUUGCCUCACACCUGACAACUGGACAGGCGCUACCUAUCGAUAAUGUGGCUUUGGACUCUCGCCUAUUGUCGGGAUGCGCCAACCUUGCUUCCACAUUAAUUCCUCGACUCUACACACUGUACACAUUCGCUGCACAGGCCUACGUAACAUACCUGGCCGUUGCCGGUCAGCUCAUUAACGAGGGAGUGAGUGUGCUGCGUGAGGACUCAGUGCCCAUCGAACGCAUUCAACCGCUGGAGCCAACAACAGCCACUCUUCGGCUACUUUGUCUUAUCAACGAGCCUUGUCGGUCGCUCCGGCGAACACUGAAGAAUCUGAUGGUCCACGGCACCUCCGACGAUGCACCCACACUCUCUCCACCCCCCUCCCUCAGUAGCCACUCGGGACCGGUUGUGUGGGCAGCAUGCUUGCCUCAGAUGCUCGUCCGUCUAGGGCACCCCGACCCAGCUGUUCGCCAGUGCCUCGUGGAGCUUCUCUGUCGUCUCAUACGCAUGACGAGUCCUGAGACCUCUGGCACUGAUCGCGCAUUGGCGAGCCGACUUGUUUUCCCUGUCAUCGUCGGAAGCAAGGGUGUCGAUUGUGUACAACUGGACGCACGCGCUAAGAGUCAUGCCGAGAUUGUUUCAACUCUCUGUGCUGCUGGAUGUGGGGAUAUGGUGCAGCAGGUGUCGUCGUUUAUUGAAGAGAUGCGCCGUGUUGCGAUUCUUUGGGAAGAGCUGUGGUCUGGCGCUCUCACCCAGCACGUUGACGAACUGAACAAAAAGGUACAGCACUUCACCAUUCGAUUUUUCGUGCAAGCCAACAGAUGUCUCCUGGUGUUGGAGCUCCAACCUACCCGACUGCCUAAUGCCGCUACCUUUAAUUUUCAGAUAAGUGCGCUUGAACAGGAUCUUAAAAGGAACACCGUCUCCAGCCCCUCAACACCGGCCUCGUGCACUAGCACCAGUCUAGUGGGUGAAGUAGGGGGGGAGUCGUCAGACGGCGAGACACGCAUGAACAGCCUCUGCAAGCUCAAGUAUCAGGCUCUUCUUACUCCCACGUUUACGGUCCUCCAGCAGCUGUCCAGUUUGACGCUCGACGUCCCUGCACAGACGAGUCACGAGGCCUGGUUCCAGAGAACCUUCAAAUCGUACAUUGAAGAAACCGUUUCGUCACUCACAAAGUUCUGCAAUUCACCAACUUCUGUUGACCAACCAACACCUGUUGCUCUCUUGCAACAACUGAUAUCACGCCUUCAGACGCUCAGUCAGCCUCUUCACGAGGCCGGUGGUGCCGCAGGUCGCCAUCCAUCAUCCGUUGCGGGACGCAUCCUCCACCUGGCCCAAAUUUCACCUCGUCUCGCUGCGCUAAAUAGCAACCUGUCGAUCCCACUACCCGGUCGCUCUUACCUUAAUCUUGCUCGUAUCGGGCCCAAAAUUAACGUCUUUCCAACGAAAACACGUCCAAAGCGCAUUGUCUUUUGGGGAGAAAACGGCCAUUCUUUCCCCUAUCUUCUUAAGUGCCUCGAGGAUCUCCGUUUAGACUCUCGAGUAAUGCAGUUGAUGAGGUUAACAAAUAUUGCCUUCCGAUCGUCAGGUCGUGAGGGGGUCACUACUACAAAGACCUACUCGGUAACCCCGAUUGGACCGAAGGCAGGUCUAAUCCAGAUGGUGCAGGGGGCUGUGCCGCUCUUCAACCUCUACAAACGCUGGCAACAAAGGCAAGCAGCGGACGCUAAUCCACACAGUGCGGACACUGAGCCCUCGAAAUUGGUGCUUCCAAAGCCGUCAGAUUUGUUCUACUCCAAGUUGAGGGAGUUCAUGCCUCCUAACGUGGUUCAUUCAUCUGGUGCGAGAUCGUCGUGGCCCAAAGAUGUCCUUAAAAAGGUGUUUCAUUCCCUUCAAUCUGAGACACCUGCCGAUUUACUAACUCGAGAGCUGUGGGCAGCAAGUCCCAAUAUGUCUGCAUGGUGGCGUGCUUCUCAAACGUUCGCCUCUUCCCUGGGUCUCACCUCGGCCUUCGGUUACCUCAUCGGUCUCGGUGAUCGUCAUCUGGAUAACCUUUUAAUUGAUCUUUCAACUGGAAGACUCAUCCACAUCGAUUUUAACGUCUGUUUUGAUGAGGGUCGUUCCCUCCGAGUGCCAGAACUUGUUCCAUUUCGUCUUACUCGCAUCCUCCGGCACCCGUUGGGCCCCUUCUGUGAUCUCCCCGCACUCACUUCAGGAAAAGGAGGGACUUUUGGUGCAAGCUUUCUUGAGACCCUUAAACUGUGUCGGUCGAUUCGAGAACUUUUCCGUGUUCAGUUGCAAAGCUUCGAAAUCGAUCCUCUUAUGGACUGGAUGCGAGCGGCUGCUAAAGGGCAGCAGACUUGGUCCACGUUUGAUCUCACUUAUCUUGCUGCUUAUCGUGGCGGGUGUUUAGCGGGUUCAGCUGACAAAUUGCCUCCUCAUAAACGUGAACUUGUCACAAAGAAAUGGCGUGUCCACGAACGAAUGUGUGCAGAGCUACAUAGAGCUGUGGGAUUUUUGGCUGCUAGAUUUGUCGAAGUUGGCGGUACCAGCGAAGCUGUAUGCGAGCAGCUUUUCUCUGUUCUCAAUGUACUCGAGAGUAAUCUCGGUAUUUGGCGCACCUACCGAGAAAAACAGUCGGAUGUCGGGCGGUAUCAGCAACGACUCGCCAUCCUCACCACUGAGGUGGAUAAAAGUGAAAAACUUGACAAUCUGGAAGCACGUAUUCGAGCGCGUGAUCGCACCAAGCAGGAGCUACUUCAGGUGGAAGAAAAUCUCGCCAACUUUGUUGCAUCCAUGGAAACCAACAUUGUCAGCUCUUUGCAGCUCCUCGCUAGGUGGCUAACGCCAGACUCCGGUGUCUUCAACCUACCAACUGGUACAGAUGAGGAUCUCCAGAGGGCUAUCUGUGACUAUCGGAGUGUUGCUCGGGCAUACAUCAUGCCUAAUGAUUCUCCGCUUCACUUUCUCAACAAAGACACCACAUGGUUCUCUACGAAACGGCAAAUUAUCUCAACGACACGGGAAAUGCUUGAUUCUUUUCCGUCUAAGAAGAAUCUGGAGUCUACUUUCAGUAAAUUGACCUUCACUCUUUCACAUUCCUCACAGGAUGGGAAAGCAGUUUCUCGUUUGCAGAGCGCACUAACGGAGGCUGAGAUGCAUUUGGCUUCUCUCACGUCUCAGCAUUUUGUUCCACCUACAUUGGCGCACGAAAAUUUUUCCUCUCUGCUUAGUCAAAACGAAGUGGACUUGGCUGCAUUCAUCAGUAAAUUUGACGGGGUAAUGAUUUUGCCCGCAUUUAAGUGGUCUUUAAUCAAACAUGUUGCAGCUUGGAUCCACUCCAUGUAUGCACUAGAACCAUUGCAACACGUAGAUCUCCUUCAUCAUCACACCAGCGUUAUUGCUUGUGCGUUCUCUCCACUUGAUCCAUCCAGAAACCCCGCUGCCAUGCCUUUUUGGGCUGGUCAGGAGGCGGAUGCACAUUCUGAGCUCCAGUUCUUCCUCAUUACACAUCAGUUCCUCUCACAGGUGAUCGAGUUGCGCAACAACUUGUGCGAUCUCCUCCUGCCAAAACUUGAAGACGCCAUUCGGGAGGCAUCCUGUACGAGCGUUGGCCUCUUGGACCGUAUCCAGCAGGUGGUAAAUGGAGGAAGUGGCAUCGCUGCUGCCCAAUGUGCAGUCAAUCAAAUACUCACCGAAAACGAUGGAGACCCAUUGUCGCAAGUGUUUUUGGCAAUUCACCUAGCGCUUUUGAAUUCCACCGCCGAAAUGGAUGAGCUGAGUCGGAGAAUGACUGAAUACCCUAUAACCGCAAUGAACUGGGUACAUGCUGACCUAGUUUCGCAAGCAAUCGCCACCCUUCAGAGUCGAUGCACUGCCACACAUGGCGCGACUAGUCUCUGGGGCUGGCAUCCCAUCAGUGGACAGAGUAUGGCCACCACUUGGAUGGACGAGGUUUAUGGAGCUGGCAUGUCUGUUGUUCUCAAAAUCGCCGUCGAUUUGCGUCAGCUCUGGGUCGGUGUGCGAGACGGAAAAUUCCAACAUGGUAUACCUGCUGUUCCUGUUGCAAGCAUCCUCGAAACUGACUUUAUUACUCGUUUAGCAGAUCGUCUAGCCCUCGUUAGUCAAUCGGCCUUGGCUUGUAGUCGUUUGCUUUUGUCCCUAUUGGAGGAAUCUGGGUUUUCAGUAAGACAGGCAGUGUACGAGGUGGAGCGUGUGAUACCACACCAACGGACGCCGCCCACUGUUUUUGUUGAUAGAAUGAUCCAAUCGGCUGACUUUUAUGCUGUUAGUGUGCAUCCACCGGAAAUACAGGCACUGUCAGGGAUGGCGGGUUCCAUGCUGACCAACAUAUUCGCAAGAACCAUGUCAUAUGUUCAUAAAACAAUCGCCGCGAGAGAAAUUCGUGCCGCUGAACUGCAGGUGGGACUUAUUCGAGACGCGAAACGGGUCUACUCGUGGCUUCACGACACCCAGGAUGAGUCCGACGGCUCCCUUCGAAAGUGCUUGACUCGUCUGGAGACUGCACUAUCAGCGGUGCGUAAAGAAGGGGAUCAGCUAGAUGUGGAGACUCAGGAACUUUGUGAACUGGGUGAAGCAAUUUGUUCGGCUGAACGCGAUCGCCUCUGUGAGUCGACGUGUGUGAAUGAAAUUCUCACUCUACUGGCUGACCGUAAAUCUAUUUGGCAGAACUACGAUCAUUGUGAAAAGGAGCUCACUCCGCUUGAUUUGGAUCUACUAACUAUGAAGGAUGAGUACAAUCUGUGUUGGCCUGCCGCUGAUUGGCCCAUAGCCAGUGUUCCAGGUCCUGAGGAAUCCAACAUCAGUCUUAUCGACGCGGUAUCGGAACGACUAUCUUUGGCCCAAGAGGAGUUAUCAGCCAAUGCCGAGUUUCUGAAGUCGUUAACUUUGGCGCUGGUUGCCAAAGAUGCCACCCUCGCCACCUCCUCCGCCAAGAGCAGAAAAAAGCGGCGAAAUAAUCCAGCUGCUGCAACGGCGGCGGCCCAGUUGCAUGAUGAAGGCCUUGCCAGCGUCACGACACUCCGUCAGGCACUUUCGUCUUUCCAGAUGACUUUCCUCCUCGAGGUGCGCCCACACAUCAAGCAGUUGGUUCGCAUUAGUCAAGUGUACCAGGACGAGGUGUGCGUGCGUAUUUGGUCCCCGUGGUUAGACGACCUGCAAGCGUGGACGGAGACAGCCAAUAGAAUAGUUCAGAAGUUCUCCACCUUCCUGGCUGACUUGUCAGAGGAGUCGAAGAAGAAUACGGGUGAAGACGACGUCGUAUGUGAUCUUGCAGAGGCCAUUCUUGUCGACUGUCAGCACCUUCAUACCGAGCUAACGCCACGACUGCUAGUGGGCAUUCGGUCUGGCAUCUGGGCAACUCUGGGUAGAUCGGAGUCUGCAUUAAUUGCGCCGACUCUCCGUGAAGUUGGAUUCGUCAGUGACGAGGACAGUUCUGACCCUCUUGACCAGCGACCUUGCUCCUCGUCUUCAGACACCAUUGUGGGCCUCCUCCCGCCCAGUGAGAUUGUGCAUCGGGAGCAAAUCCCUCCUCAAGCAGUUGCGGCGAUGAAACGACUUUGUGGACGUCUUGAGGGCGUGGACGACUACUUGCUGGCGACGGACGCGGCGUCAGACGUGGCGAUGAGCCCCGCGGAACAGGCUGCUGCCUGCGUCCGCACGGCCGUCGAUCCCGAUCGCCUGGCCGCCAUGUUCGAAGGCUGGACCCCGUGGGUGUGA